AUGAAAUUUAUCUUUUCUUUUGUUGUGUUCUUUUUCUUCCUCAAUUGUUUAGCCACUGCGCAAACUCUAAUCCAAAAUUAUUGCAAGGAAGCGACAACCACAGAUCCAGAUUUCAAUUAUGACAUAUGUGUUCAAUAUCUUGAAAAAGAUCCGCAAAGCAAAAAUGCAACUAAUCUCAAAGAACUGGUCAUAGCAAUAACGAAGAACGCUGCAUCAAAAUCAACUACCGUGAAAGGGAUCGCUGAGGAGAUUCUCAAGAAGAACCUUACACAUGGUAUUGAGUCAUCUUUACGUGAUUGUGUCGAGUUUUUUGAUGAUGUUAAUGAUUCUUUGAACGAUACUUUGAGAUUCGUCGAUUUGGGCAAUUAUAAAGACGGUAAUUUUGCUCUGUCUACUGCAUUGACUAAUCUGGGAACCUGUGAAGAUGGAUUCAAAGAAGUUGAUACGAAAUCUCCGAUUUCUAAUGAGACCGAUGUUUUGCAUCAACUAAUUCAUAUUGAUUUGGACUUUUCGGGGAUGCUAAAAUGAAAUCUAUAAAAGUGUAUUAUUUGUGGAUUAAUAAUAUUUACUAAAUAAUCUCGAGAAACGAUCUUACAAGAAAAAAAAUCAUUGUAUUGUUUAACUAUUGUAUAGAUUCUG